AUGAUCUGUUUUGCAGCUGCAGAUUUGAGUCCAUCAAUUGACAAGUCAACUGAUGACUGCCAAACUCAUAAUCCUAAUAUUGUGCAAAAUGAAAGUGUUGAAGUGGGAAACAUGGUGGGGUUGCAAGGUGAAUUGUCAGGCCCUACCGGGGAUCCAUCAUCAAGUUCCAUUGCAGAUCUGAGGACUGCUGAAUCAACUACUCUGGACAGUGAAGUUUUUCUUGGGUUGUCAAGUCAUUCACCUCCCGGAAAAGCUGAAGCCAUGCCUGAUAAUUCUAUUGUUUUGCCAGUAAAGAAUAUCCAUGAUGUUGAGAAUCUGACAGAUUGCAGUUUGAUAUCUGUUACAAAGGUGACUAAUUUGAAAGAAAAGGAUGAGAUUAAUUCGGCCAGAGAUGUGGUUGAAAUUGUGGAAUCAUCUGAUUACAUUGUAGGUGAAACAUGUGAAGGAGUGUCUAAAAUAGCAGUCAGUGAUGUAGUUUGUGUGGAUCAUCAAGUAGGUGAUGGAGCUAUUCAUCUGCAGGAAAAGAGUGGUGCUGAAAUGAAUUCUAACACAGAUGUGGUUGAAAUUUCGGAACCAUAUGAUAAUGUUGUUGAUGAAAUGAGUGAACAAGUGUCUAAAAUAGUAGUUAGUGAUCUAGUUUCCUUGGAUCAUCAAGUAGGUGAUGAAGCUGUUAAUCUGAAUGAAAAGAAUGAAGCUGACUUCCUUUCUUUGUUGCCCCCAGAUAGCCUUCGUCUUGAGUUAAACUCAACUGUAAUCACAGGUGAAGCUCAGGGAGAGUCUGCAUAUGGGGUGCAGUUUGCUACUUCUAUUGAUGACAAGAUUUUGCAGGCAAAGGGAGAAGAAAAUGCUUAUGUUGAUCUGCUUCCUAUAUGCAAUGAUAAACCUGAUGAUGAAGCACAUCCUCAGAGUGAGUAUGGAGACUUUAAAGAUCAGGAUCGAGUGGUAUACCAAAAUCCUUUCCUACACUCAUCCAAGUCAUUGGAAUAUGAGGGAGAUGACGGAAAGGACAUAGAUACUCAGGAAAAUAAAUUUCAUUUUGACAGAUGCCAAUUGAGUGGAAGAAGUGAGGCCAUCUCUCCAGAUAUAGAUGUUAUAGGUAGUAGCAUGAAGAUGGAACUGGUUAACAGUGAGCCUACACCUAAAGAAAUGCUUGCUGAAGAGUGUACUGAUGUUUCCCCAGUCAAGCUCACAGAUAAAAGUUAUCAAACACCAGAUGAAAUUGUUGCAUCUAUGGAUGCUAUGAAAACUGAGAAGAAUGAGAAUCAUAUGGUUCAUUUUUCUGAAGAGCAUGGACCUGAUGAUGUGCCUAAAAAUUCUGUACAGAUAACUUUAUCAGAAGGUAGUGUAAUAGGCUCUUCUAAUGAGAGUCAGAGGGAGGAAUUCUUUGGGUCUGCUGUCAGUGAAGCAAAUAGUGUUACUAACAUAGACAGCACAAAUCAUCAUGGGGAAGGAGCUGAAAUAAAUGAUGUAGCUAUAGAUGGCAAGGUUGUAGGAGCUACUGGAAAUAAUGACGUUGAAAUUAUAUUGAAAGAUCUUCAAUCUGAAGUCAAGCAAUCAGAGGACUUAUUUGGGAGUGAUGGCACUGGUAAGAGCGCUGGCGCUGAUGAACUGGGAAAAAUUGAACAAUGUAAUGUGCUUGAUACAAAGUAUAAGGAAAGUCCAAUUGUAACUGAUACUUCAUUGCCUAAAUCUGCUACCAGUCAUUUUGAAAGGCCAGUUAUUUCAGUAUCUUCAGACAAUGUGGUUGAUGGGCCUGCAAACAAGUCAAAUGCUACAGAGUGCAGAAAUAUUAAUCCACUACCAGCUGCCCAGAAAGACAUAAAAGAAGAUGAAAUCAAUAUUAAUAUCGAACUAAAUGAAGAAUGUAACGAACCUGUUGAUACUUCUACUGAGUCACAUGGUGCUGGACUAUUGGUGAAGGCUGCAGAAGACCUUGCUAGAAAGUAUGCAUCUCCUUUAACUGCUGAACCUUCUGCUCAAGAUGAUUCUGAAGAUAAUCCUGAUGGAGAGCCUGACAGGGAAAUGCCUGGAAUUACUAUUGUGCCUGCUCAAGAUCAAAAAGAUAAUAUGGGUAAACUUGGUUCAUCCAGAGUUGAUGCUUCAGUUGACUCGGGUAGCCGGUGUGACAGCUUGGAAGGCAACUGGGGCUCUGUUUCAGUUCCCUCAAUGCAAUCCGAUGCGCCAGCAGCUAUUGAUGCUGAAACCUUGCCAUCAACUUGUUUGCUUGUAUCAACAGAAGCAGGGAAGUCAAACUUAAACAACCCAAAAGCUGCGGCUGAUAGACAGCUGUCUGAUAAAUCAGAUAUGUUUGAACCGCCAUCUUUCAUGACCUUGGUUGAACCUAGUCAGGUUAGCCCAAAAGCCACUGCUUCUGAAAUCCAGAAGGGACAGAAUCCAAAAGAGCCAGAUUCUACUUCACAGGCUGGUUGGUUUCCCACUAUAAAUCAGGUUGUUAACGAGUCUCAAGGGAGAAAGAGGAAUGAAGAAAUAAUAGCCAAGGUGACAAACUGGAGCGCCAGUAAGGAUCACACACCUCUGAAGAGCCUCUUGGGUGAGGCUGCCCAUAGCAACAAGCCAAAAUCUCCAAAAGUGGGAGAAAACUCAGAGAGUCAGAAGAGUAGUCAAGUUCCAGAAAAGAAUGGUUCUGGAUUGACUACUGUUAACUCCAUUCUGGGUCCUGAAUCCCCUGCAGCUCAAGUGGUAAAAGGAGAGGUUGCAAAAGAAUGGAACUCUCCCGCAAGAUAUCCUGCAGACAUCAAGAAAGAAAAAAGGAAAGUUAAGAGCAGACCAUACUGGAUACAAUUGGUAUGCUGCACAUCAGUAGGUCCUCAGAGAAGGUAG